GCAGCGCCCCCCCUCACUCGCGCAUUAGGAGGCUCUGGUCGUUGUAGUGUGUCGUCUUCCUGCCUGCGUCAGGGACCUGCCCGACUCCGUGGCCACCAUGGCAUCAGAUGAAGGCAAGCUUUUCGUUGGAGGGCUGAGUUUUGACACCAAUGAGCAGUCGCUGGAGCAGGUUUUCUCAAAAUAUGGACAGAUCUCUGAAGUGGUGGUCGUGAAAGACAGGGAGACCCAGCGAUCUCGGGGGUUUGGUUUUGUCACCUUUGAGAACAUCGAUGACGCCAAGGACGCCAUGAUGGCCAUGAAUGGGAAGUCUGUAGAUGGGCGGCAGAUCAGAGUUGACCAGGCAGGCAAGUCGUCUGACAACCGAUCCCGUGGGUACCGAGGUGGCUCUGCCGGAGGCCGGGGCUUCUUCCGCGGAGGCCGAGGCCGGGGCCGUGGGUUCUCCAGAGGAGGAGGGGACCGAGGCUAUGGGGGCAGCCGGUUCGAGUCCAGGAGUGGGGGCUACGGAGGCUCCAGAGACUACUACAGCAGCCGGAGUCAGGGUGGCUAUGGUGACCGGAGCUCGGGUGGGUCCUACAGAGACAGCUACGACAGUUACGCUACACACAACGAGUAAAAAUCCUUCCUGCUCGAGAUCGUCCUUCCAAUGGCUGUAUAUUUAAAGAUUUUGGGAGCUUCGCUGAAUCGUUCAUGUGUAGUGAACACACCUCCUUGUAUGCCCACUUUUGUAGUUAUUUGAGUUCUGAUCUUGUCACACCCAGCCUGCCUGCUUCUGACCCCCGACGUGGCCUCAUCGGUAGACUUUUUUUUUUUUUUUUUUUUAAAGGAAGCGCUGUCCGUUUUUAAGGGUUUUAAAAACGUUUUGAAAAGCUCUUCAGAUUUACUUUUUUUUUUUUUACCGUGAGCCAUGAAUUUUUAGAAAAAGUCGUCGGGGGUUAUGUGGGUUUUGGGGAGUUUUUUUGGUUUUCGUUUUAGGUUCUUUUUUUUUGGUUGUGUUGCCUUUUUUAUCUUUUUAGUGGGGUUGGCCCAGUGAAGUUGGGUGCCCCAAUUCACUUCUCUCUGAGAUCGAACUCUGAAUCCGCUCUGUCGGAAGCUGAGCAAGCUGUGGCUUUUUUCCAACUCCAUGUAAUGUUUCUGAGUGUAGUGUGGUAGGACACCGUGCUGGGGUGGCAGAGGCUGCCCUGGAGCCCCGGCCUGUACACCCAUCUGUGCCCUGUAUGCCCACGGUAGACGUGCAGACGUCCCCGAGAGGUUCUUGAAGAUGUUUAUUUAUAUUGUCCUUUUUUAUCGGAAGACGUAUGCAUCCUCCAUUGAUGUUGUAUUUGCAGUGGCUAAGGAAUUCUUGUAUGCAGUUUUCUUUGGCUUUACGAAGCCGAUUAAAAGACCGUGUGAAACGAA